UUGCGAAACCAGAAAGCAUCAUGACGUCCGUUCUCAAUGGGCCCACUAGUUUUGCCGACGACGGCAGAACUGUGAUUGAAAGAAAGAUGGACACCGGGACAGCUCGGCAAAGGUCGACAGGUGUCCUGGGUGGGGACUACGAGAUCGAGCGCACCAGCCAGGUUAUAAUAGAACGAGGCUAUUCCAAGAUCGCUUUGCAGUUCCCUGACGAGCUUCUUCCUGACUCUGCAGAGGUGUCUACGGCACUAAAGGAACGCACGGGGAAGGAGAUUUUCAUACUGGCAGAUACCACCUUUGGAAGUUGUUGCGUCGAUGAAAUCGCUGCAGAGCACGGCAACGCAGAUCUGGUUGUUCAUUACGGGAGGGCUUGUUUGAGCCCAACGUCACGUUUGCCUGUGUUGUACGUUUUCGGGAAAGCACCCAUUGACGUUCAUGAUUGCGCUCGGGCGUUUGAUCACCAUUUCUCUGCACAACGGAAUCAACCGGUUUUGCUGAUGUAUGAUGUUAUGUAUCAUCAUGUGAUAAUUUCCUUGAUGGAACUUUUACAUUCGCACGGGUACACCGAUGUACUUCAGACGGAAGUCGAAACGGAACUUUUUGUUCCGCCCAAGCUACAGGCCACCGAGCUGGACGAACAGCGCACACCCUCACCGACUUCGAGCGAGUGUUGUGAUAAGAGCAUGAGAUGUUGUAAGGAAGAUCUGCGUCGCUCGCCUCUCGCCUCGACCCCAAGUGAAGUCACGGAGACCGACGAGAGUACAUGUCGACAGAGCGCGUGUGGUCGUCGUUUUACCAUCCCACCACAUCGCACGCUGGCUGACUAUUCUAUAUUCUAUAUCGGUGGCGAGAGUCUAACUUUGACCAAUAUCAUCCUUACAAAUAGUCGAAAUAAGGUAUUCUCUUAUGACCCCGACACGGGAGUUCACCGGGAGGAGACCGGAGCGCAAAAUAAAUUAUUGAUGAGGCGAUACUACAUGGUGCAAAGUGCUAAAGACGCUAAUGUGAUCGGCAUUGUUGUCGGCACUUUGGGAGUUGCGUCUUAUUUGUCAGUCAUAAACCAUAUAAAGCGCCUGAUCAUCGCAUCUGGGAAGAAGCCAUAUGUACUGGCCGUAGGAAAGCCCAAUCCAGCAAAAUUAGGCAACUUCCUUGAAAUCGACUGUUUUGUCUUGGUUGCUUGUCCAGAAAAUUCUCUUCUUGACUCUCGCGACUUCCUGCGGCCCAUUGUGACACCGUUUGAGCUUGAGCUGGCCCUCGUAAGAGGAAAAGAGUGGACGGGGGAUUACGAGACUGACCUGACAGUUUUGGCGUCUCGCUUGCAGUCUGGCGCAGAUGAUUUCGACAAUGGCGCUGAUGACGAAGCAUCAAGCGAUGAGGAACCUUACUUUUCACUGGUUACCGGUGGUUACAAGCAAGCUACGCGAUAUCUAUCGACUUCAAACGUGCCGACACGAAGCUCCAGAUCCGUCGAAGAUGCUCCAGGACAGCUCACCUUGCGCAAUGCUGAAACAGGCCUAACUAAGCUUUCGACACAAAGCGCUGCGGCGCAGUACUUGAACGAGAGGAGGACCUUCAGGGGUCUGGUGCCAGAUGUGGGGAACACUGAUGUAACAGUAGCUGUUGAUGGGCGAAGAGGUAUCGCCCGGGGGUACGUCGGUGAAACAGGGAAGAGCGAACAGCUUAAUCAAACGCAUGACACAAGCACAUAAAAACUUUUUACAUUAAGCUUCUACUCGGUACUAGUUACAGAAUGCGAUCACCGUAUUUCUCGGUAGAUUGCGAUAAAUAGGGCUGGGCAGAAUAUGCUAUGCCGGCGGUGCUGGUUGUGGCGUUGGCAGCGGGGGCAGCCGGGACGAAUUCAACGACGGGUACGAUCGCGAAUUUGACUUAUUCUGCUAUCAAAAACAAGUUGAGCGACUGCGCCAUCGACUUUGUACGGCACUUUCAUACUUACUCUGGUUGAAAGACCUAUUGGCUGAAUGACUCCUACCACGGGCGCCUUGUUGAAGAUCUUGUUGAAGUUGGCUUCCCGGUUAUUGAGUUCCAACUUGUAAUACUGGAGCUCCUCCUAUAUCAGCUGAAUUGAGCCUCUGCUACAGCCGCCUUUAUGGAGAGACAAGGCUCGUACCAUUAACGCUUCGAUUAUUUGUUUUGCUUGACGCAAGUCCUCUUCAAGCUGCGCUAUCCUCUGCACGUCUACCUCGCGGGGUUCGCGGUUUAUGUACUUGAUAUCAGCUUCGUGCAACCUGUCGGUGGGAUUGGUCUCUGUACAUAAAGCCUAAUAUGACUUGAACCUACUGAUUCUUCUGGGUGGCAAUCUGCUUUUUGAGAUACG